AUGUCGACUAAUAUCCCUGUCGUCGUUAAGUGGGGGAAGGCCACCUAUAAUAUUGAGGUCAACACUGCGGAAUCCGUGGCUGUUUUAAAGACUCAGCUGGAGAACCUCACGAGUGUGCCGCAUGACAAGCAGAAGAUCAUGGGCCUACCAGGCGGCCUGCUCAAGGACAGCGAUGACCUCAGCAAGAAGAUCACCAAGCCUAAUCAGAAGAUCACUCUAUUAGGGACUGCCGUGGCUCAGCAAUUGAAAGCCCCGACCGCGAGCACCGUCUUCGUAGAGGACCUGUCGGACGAGGAAAGGAGGAAGGUUCUCAAGGAAAGGGAGGUCGAGACUCUACCUAUUGGGUUGGUGAAUCUGGGCAACUCCUGCUAUAUGAACGCCACCUUACAGGCCCUAUAUGCAGUUCCUCCUCUACGACAGGCACUGUUGAAGUACUACGACAGUAGUGCUCAUAGUGAAGGCAGCAACCAGGAGAGGAGCCUGAGCGCCUUGAUACACCAGACCUUCAAGGACCUCGGCACUAAGGCUGAUGCAGUCGAGCCCGCCAGCUUAUUUAUGCUCCUUCGAGUUAUGUAUCCCGAGACCUUCGGAAAGACAACGCAAGGAGGUACUUGGGCCGGUAUUCCCCAACAGCAGGAUGCCGACGAGUUCCUCCGGGCUCUCAUGCUCAACCUCUCUGACACGGUCAAGACGCCUCACAGUAAUGUUAUCGAUGAUUUGUUUGGCUUCACAAUGAAGACUCGCAUGCGGUGCCUGGAGGCUGAGGCAGAGCCGGAGUCUGUCUCGGAGGAGCGUCAUCGAGUGUUGUUGUGCCACAUGGGCACUCCUACUGACCCCGUAGGGCACCUCUACCAGGGAGUUCAGCUCAGUCUGAAGGAGACUAUCACCAAGCAAGCUUCGGUCCUCGGUCGCGACGCUGAGUUCGAGAAGUCCUCGGCCAUGGACUCCCUUCCGGAGUACCUUAUAGUAGAGUUCGCCAGGUUCCAGUGGAAGGGAGAGAGCACUCAGCUGGACCAAGAUCACUCGAAAGGUCACUUCCCGCAAGUGCUAGACGUGUACGAUUUCUGCACGGAAGAUGUGCGGAAGCAGCUCACUCGUGGACGACAACGCAGAAGGGUUUACAUGGACGAGCAGGAACGGAAGAGGAUCCAAGCUAAAGAGGCUAAUAGGAAGGACAGCGAUGUCGAGAUGGACGCCACUGAGGAGGACUCGAGCGUGGCACAGAUACCCACGGGCAACUACAGGUGUGUAUCAAUAGUCUCCCAUGAGGGACGAUCGGCUGAGGGUGGACAUUAUAUGGGCUGGGCUAAGUUCAAGGAGGCCGAUGGUGACGUCUUCAAGGAGGACCAAUGGGUUAGAUUUAAUGAUGACAAGGUUACUCAGCAUGAUUGGAAGUAUGUCGUGGACCAGUUGGUCGGUGGCCGAGCCGAUACCCAAAUAGCAUACAUUGUGAUCUACCAGAAGGACAAGGUGCCUGAUGGGUCUAUUGAGGAGAUCGUCGAUGAGGAGAUGGAGAUGGAAUCUAAUCCCGACAAGAAGAAGGCCAAACAGUGA